AUAAUUUUCAGUGUUACAGCUCCCCCCCUCCCCGGGGAAAGUUCAAAAAUCUUUUUAGGGUCUUUCUUUUCUAAUCAAGGAUAAGCUUUGGCAAAAAUUUCAGAAAAAUCGGAGGGUUGUCGCUUUCGGAAGUACAGUCAAGAAAUCUCCUUGCACCGAACUGUACAUAUUGAACUUGUUCCCAUUCUUAAAUCGGAGCAAUUACUAACCCAUCGCUACCGAGAGUAGUUCUACUCCCAUCAGACCGUGCUCAUUGAUUCAACCGCGUGCAUGGGCGCGCGUGUGUUACUCGGAGCAGCGCGGCGGCGUACAUUCACAAAGCCAGUCUUUCCUGUUUGUUACGCGCGACGCUGAACCAGUGAGCAGCGUGACGCCGAGCCGAGCGGAGAGGAGCGUUAGAAUCCGCGUUGUUGCGCCUUGAUUGCGAGUAAUUGCAUCCACAAUCGCGAUCAGGUGUUCGUUAACAGAUAACGGUUGCCCGUGAAUUCAUUCGUUAGAAAAAGGAAAAAAGAAAUAGGACGUGGCGCGUCUGCAAAUAUAGGCGAACUUGAUAACAGGAAUCUUCAAUUUAACGUUCUAUCAGUGGAUAGUUACCUCUGGGUAAUUAGCAAGGAAUUACAAGUCAAUUGUUGUGUUUGUAAAAAAUUAGCAAUAUUAGUAGUGUUCGUAUUUUAAUUAGCACCAGAUACCAUGUAUACUGAUAAGGUAAAACAAUGGUAAUGUGAAUACUUCGUGUGGAAAUUACAAAUAGGUGACACCUACUAUCAAAAUGAUCAUUGACCGUGAGUUAUCAGAUACGUGAGUGAAACGAACUGUGAAUUCAACAUUUCUAUUUUUAUUACUACAAUAUAUUAUACUAUAUUGUGCUAUCGUGUACUUGAAAUUAGUAAAUUUUCAUGCAAUUACAAAUUCGGGUAGAAACGAGUCUUAUGAGAGGAUUGAUCCCAAAUGUUCUAAAACAUGUUAUUGAAAUUUAUAUAUUUGUAUUUGUAAUAUAAAAAAUUGGCAAGGGUUUAAUGUAAAAUUUGGAGUUACCAUUCGUGUUGCAAAAGAAAUAUUGAAGAUCUGAUGACGGAACUACUUUGAUGUUACACUAAAAGAGCUCGAAAAAGAAUGGAGAUCUUAGGUAUAAAAUUUGCACCGUUGAAUGUGCCGUUGAAACGAAGACUGGAAACGCUGUCAGUCGCGAUAUGGAUCAUUUUGUUGGCUGGUGGAGACUUACUGGGUUACUUGGCCACUGCCUAUAUUCUCUUCUAUACAAAGACCUUACGUUAUUUCAUGCUGCUCUAUUUUAUUUGGAUGUACUAUGACUGGGACACGUGUGAAAAAGGUGGUAGAAGGGAAGUAUUGACCAGAUGGUUGAGAAACUGCACCUGGUUACGGUAUUUCGCCGAUUAUUUUCCCGUGACAUUGGUGAAAACCACGGAUCUAGACCCAAAUAGAAAUUAUUUGUUCUGUUGUUUUCCUCACGGAAUAUUGGCAACGGGAGUUUACGGUGCUUUCGGGACCGACGGUCGCGGUUGCCGAGAAAUGUUUCCGGGUCUGGACAUCCGGGUCGCGAUUCUAGAUCAACACUUCAAGAUCCCUCUGUUUCGCGAGUACGUUUACCUGAACGGCGGUAUCGGCAGCAGUUCAGAGAGUUUAAGCUAUCAGCUGUCGACGAAACCUGAACCACCGUUUACUGGAAAAGCGGUGAUCCUAAUCAUUGGUGGAGCAUCGGAAUCUUUAGAAUGUACACCAGGAAGUUAUCGUCUUCUCGUAAAAAGGAGGAAAGGAUUCGUAAAGCUGGCACUGAAGCAUGGGUCAGCCUUGGUACCAAUCUUCUCUUUCGGAGAAACGGAUAUAUACGAUCAAAUAUACGGUGCCGAGGGUACACGUCUAAAAAAGGUGCAACAUUUUAUACGUAAGGUGAUUGGAAUCGCGCCUGUCCUUCUGAAGGGUCGUGGAUUUUUCCAGUAUUCAUUCGGCAUUAUCGCUCGUCGGAAACCGGUCACCGUCGUUGUUGGUAGUCCAAUGGAGGUGCCAAAGAUACCCGAGCCAACGAAGGAGCAAAUCGACGAGUACCAUGAGAAAUUCAUCAAAAAACUGGUGGAGUUAUUCGAAACCCAUAAGCACAAAUACAUUGAGAACGCAGACUCGAUACACCUCGAGUUAUUAUCGUAAUAAUGAAUCUUGAAAAAUGAAACACAAACUUCAGAAGAUUCCAUCACAACUUAGAAUCAGAUUCGAAAAUUCCUGAUAGAAUUCCAGUACUUGUGAACGACUGUUUGUUUCCAUUCGUCAGUUCGUAGAUUUGUUUAGUAAAUCUGCGUAAGAAAGAACCAAUAGAAUUAAGAAUACGAUAGCGAUAGAGAAUACAUUCUCUCCUUUAAUCCGAAAAUGGUGAUGGCUUUAAGCGAUAUUUGCUCAAAUAACUGAUAGAUAAAGAAUUGUAAAUGAAGGUAGCAUAGAAUUGUAAAUUAGAAAAAGCAAGGGAAACUUGCUUGUUAAAUAUAACGGGUAUAUAGAACUUUUAACCCUCGAAUGGCGAUGGGAAGAGGUCAAUUGUGACCUCUAUAAAAAUAAAAAGGGCAAUAUAAAAGGAGACCCUAUCAGUCAAGUGUAAAAUUAUACUUAAUAUUCAUUCUAUGAUUAAUCCAUGACGAUAAAAUUUUUUUUUAAUUUACUCUUUAAAAUUAAAAUAUUGAAAAUUAUUAAAAUUUUAAGUACUGGAGUAAUGUAACAAAAAAAGUUAGGCACUUGUAGCCAUGAUAAAUUAGAAACACAAGGAAUCUGUUGGACAGGAUUUAUUGAAUUAGGUAGAAUUACAAGUUCAGGGUUUAAGAUACAGUUGCUUCCAUUUAUUUGUGCAAAACAUUUUACAGUGAGCGCAAUGCUUUUAAUUCUCCCGUUCGACAGGCUUCCAGAUAUUAUCGUCUUACCUUGUCCUCUCUCUCGGAUAACAGCAAGCAAAACAGGCCGAGUCGGUCGCGUGCCCUUAAUUUAUAUCCGUUCGUUGCUAUCUGCGAUCGGCGUAAUCAACGAUCACGUUGUCAAGAAUGAAUUUGGCGUUUCCCGCGCUCGCGUUCCGCGUCUCCGCCUCCGGCGAUAGCCAAUAUGUACUCGAAUAUUCGAGUUGAAAAUUCAUCCUCAAGUAAAUCGAAGUUUUACGACGGCUCGAAUAUUCGAGUACAUAGUUCGAUUUUUUCGAGUAGCUCGCUUUUGUUUCAAACAGUUCGAUCAGACCGAUCAUUGUUUGAUUCAAAAUUCGAGUACUCGAAUAAAUCGAGUACUCACACCUCUAAUUGUUACACACUUAAAUUUUUGUAUAAAAAAUUUUCAUAUAUUUAAAAACUGAUAUCUAUGGAAUAAUGUGAUAUUUAAACUAUAAAUCAUAGGGGUUGGGUCGUCAAAGCCAUGGUUCCUCCAUUCGAGGGUUCAACUAAUCGCCAAUUAAGUUUAUAUUGUACUUUAUUAUAAAAAUCAAUACGCAGACACUUACAUAUCCCUGUGAUUGUGCACAUUGCACAUCCGUUGUUUAAUAUAGAAUACUAUCUCCCGUGCGUAACUGAAUGAAUGGGGCUAAUACUACCGCGAGGGUUAAAAUACCCAAGCACCAACCAAUCCUGCGUAAUAUCUGUAUAGAAAGAACAAGAUUCUUGUUCAUCAAUAUGUUCGGAUUAAUUUGUACAAUUUUUAUGUUAAGUUUUA